AUGACAAAUUUCGCUGCGGAGACGUUGGAUGCAUCUGUUCGAAAGUCUAUUGAUUGCUCGAGGAAGAUCUGGGUGUUUGUGCCAAUGCACAAGUUUGAUGCUGAUGUCAGGAUCACGCGGUUGAGAGCUUUGAUCGAGAUGGAGACUGGUAAAUCGAUCAAGCAUGUGCAGACUGACAAUAGCAUGGAGUUCUGCUCAAAGCUGAAAAGUAUAAAUAGGAGAGGAGAAUCGUUUGGUGGAAGUGACAGCAAUUUUACGAAACCACUCCCUCUCUCUCUCCCUCUCCCCCCUUCUUUGUGGGGUUGCCGGCGAGUGGUUGCUGCUGACACCUUUUUUUCUUGGUGGGCGUUGAGGGGCGGGAGGUCUUCGAUCCUAGAACGCAUCAAUGGCUUCCUCCUCCUCGCUCCUCAGAGUCUCUUUCUUCUACUUUCUCUCUCAGAUUCUGCGACUCGAAUUCUAGGCCUUGAGUUCGGGAUUAAUUAUGGCCAAAUAGCGAACGACCUGCCCUCGCCUUCUCGUGUCGCCACCCUCCUUGGAUCCCUCAACGUCAGUAGGGUAAAGUUGUAUGAUGCAGAUCCCAAUGUCCUCCAAGCAUUUUCCAAUUCCAAUAUCGACUUCAUCAUUGGUAUAGGCAAUGACAAUCUCCAGAACAUGACCAUUCUUGCCAACGCCCAAGAUUGGAUCCAACAGCACGUCCAACCUUACAUUGGCCAAACCCAGAUCAGCUGCAUCGUGGUUGGUAACGAAGUGUUAAACAGCAGCACUAACCAAUGGAUGCCUUAUCUCGUCCCGGCGAUGAAAACCGUAUAUUCGGCCCUUUCCAACCUUGGACUGAAUAAGCAAGUCGCAGUCACAACAGCGCAUUCACUCAAUAUUUUAGCUACUUCAUACCCGCCCUCUGCAGGUGCUUUCUGGCCAAAUCUUGCUCAGUACCUCCAACCCCUGUUGAAUUUCCAGGCGCAGAUAAAUACUCCAUUUCUCAUAAACGCGUAUCCUUACUUUGCGUAUAAGGGUAGUCCGAGUGAGGUGUCGCUGAAUUAUGUGCUUUUCCAGCCUAAUGAAGGGCUGACCGAUCCUGUCACCAACUUGCACUAUGAUAAUAUGUUGUACGCUCAAAUUGAUGCGGUUUAUUCAGCUAUUAAAGCGAUGGGACAUACUGAUAUCACCGUCAGGAUUUCUGAGACAGGUUGGCCGUCCAAGGGUGAUGACGAUGAGGCAGGGGCUACACUGGAGAAUGCACAUAUAUACAAUGAAAAUUUGUUGCAGAGGAUAGAGCAGAAACAAGGUACCCCUGCUAAGCCAUCGGUGCCUAUUGACAUAUACGUGUUUGCGCUAUUUAACGAAAACUUGAAGCCUGGUCCGGCAUCUGAGAGGAACUAUGGACUCUACUAUCCAGAUGGUACUCCAGUUUAUAGCCUUGGAUUGCAAGGUUAUCUUCCAGAACUAUAUUCAGCGACUGGGACAAGAGUAUUGCCUUUCUCUGUUGUUUUAGUAUCCAUCAUGACAUUCUUAAUGAAUAUUUGAGAGCAUGCUAAUCUGUUUACCGAGGGAAGGCUUCAACAAAACAAUCUCGAAGCAACUUUUUAGAGAUUCCAGAGAGCUUACAUAAUCACAUAGCGUGAAUGGAUGAGAUUAUUCAGCUACACUAGAUGGAGUUUUGACUUGAAGAGUGUACUAGUAUGUCUGUCUUUGUCUGUAAUAGUAAAAUAACACAAAUCGCUAAGUAAAGUUUAGGAUCCUAGGAAAUUAACACACUGAUUCAUGACAUAGCUUAUGUAAUAAAAGCAUUGGGUAUAGCGGGUGGAUACGAUCUUGUACGAACACGUUCUGGGAGGGACUCUCCUGAUGUGGAAGAAGCUCGAGCUCUUUCACGGCCCUACUUUAUAUGGUGGGUGUAUAAUUAUAUGGACUUUACAUUACUUUUACUCGAUUUAAUAAGAUGGACGAUGAGUAGUACCAGAUAGAUUGUGGAUUUC